AUGAAAGAUGAUGAAGAAAAUUUAUCAAUAUUCACCCAUCCAGGAAGGUUAUCGGGUGAAGCCAAAAAGAGAGAUUUGUCUCUUGAGGAAAUUAAGGCUGCCCAAACUUAUAUUCUUCUAAAUUGUCAAGAGGUUGAGCCGUUUGUGAGCAUGUAUGUGCAACGUUUGCAAGAAGAGUUUCCGAAUCUCUCUCAAGAUCAAAUAGAUGAGAGUCUCGAAACAUAUUUUUCUGUAUGGUUCAAGGAAUAUGUUCGAUCCAACCAUAUUGAAAAUGAAUACUUGCGUAGUCUUGCUCAUGGACCAUUAAUAAGUGUGUAUUCUUAUCCAGUGUGUUUUGUUAAUGGAUACAAAUUUCACACAGUACAUCGCGGUAGUGCAAGAUCAACAAUGAAUAGUGGAGUUUGUAUCUCUGAUCCAAAUACGGGUGAUUACUAUGGAAGGAUUCAAGAAAUUAUACAAGUGGAAUACCGUAGAGCACCUUUAAAGCAAGUUAUGUUAUUCAAGUGUGAAUGGUUUGAUCCGGCAUUAAAUAUUGGUGUUAAGGUGCAUAAUCAGUAUAAAUUGGUCGAUGUUAAUCAUCGUCGCCGAUUUAAAAAAUAUGAACCUUUUAUUCUUGCGAUGCAAGCAACUCAAGUGUGUUAUAUGUCUUAUCCUAGCACAAAGAAGGACAAGGAUGAUUGGUUAGCUGUAUUAAAAGUCAACCCUCGAGAUGUCAUUGAAUUACCUGAUGAGGGAGUGAUCACAAUACCAGAACCUAAUCUUCCAUUUCAAGUUGAAGAAGUUGAAGUUCAUGAGAUAGAUAUGAAUAUUAUUGUUGAUGAAACUAUACUUCUGCAUGAUCCAAAUGGGGAGGCUAUUGAAAUGGAUGAACCAAUUGAUUAUGGAUUGUUUCCAGAGCAUCAUGAAUUAGAUGAAGAAUUUACAGAAGACGAGUAUGAAACUGAGAAUGAAUCUGAAGAGGAUGAUGAGCAGUUCGAAGAAGAAAUAGAUACAGACUAG